AUGUUGCCUUCCUUGGAAAGUCUGGACGCAAAGACGACCAGAUCUUUACAGGCUACAGUAGCAAGACUUGAACCAUUUAGUUUCCAACCCAUCGCUACAUCGUCUCUUGAUGAUGAGCAACAUGACACAGUCAAGCCCGAUGACCACUACCCUACGACUGCAGAUUCUCAGGUCAGUCCAUAUGCAUCUCAAUCUAGCAGCGAACUGACCGACAUCAAGACCGACACAGACUGCGCAUUCUGCACUUCCAUUGGCCGUAUACUCAAUUGUUGCCAAGCUCGAAUGAACCCGCGCUCAUGUCCUCAAUGCGCGAAACUCGGUCAACACUUCACUCGAAAAGAUACCAAGCACACCGAAGAGCUAGCUGCUUUGCGCGACAAGGUGCGGGAGCUGGAAGAGGAGACACCGGAGCAGAGGUUCAACAGGCUGAGCGUUGAGAAGAACAUAAAGAUUGAUGGACUCAAAGCCGAGGUCGGGAAGGUCAACAAGGAAGACGAGUCACUGAAGGCGAAGAACGAUGAGUUGGAGAAGAAGCUGAAGGUACUCGAGGCAGAUAUAAAGAAGUCACAGCCAGCGGCGGAGUUCACGAUCAAGGAGAAGAAGAAGAAGAAGAAGAACGGAAAGAAGAAGUAA